AGUUCGUGUCGGCCGAGGCCUCGCUGCGUUGCCACGGGAGGCGAUUCGUAGGGCGAGAUGGAGCCGCCGGGGGCCGCGGCGGGGUGCGGCGCUUCGGCCCAGGCGCUGGUGCCCGUCCAGGCCGAGGCUUCCGCCGUGGCUCUGCUGAAGGAGGCUCCAAAGGAAGCCCCCAAGUGCCGCAAGAGGGUCCUGGACGAGGACUCCUACAUUCAGAAUCUGGAGAAAAUCAUCCAGAGGGAUUUUUUCCCUGACGUUGAGAAGCUCCGUGCCCAGAAGGAAUAUCUGGAGGCUGAAGAGAGUGGUGACUUGGAGAAGAUGAGACAGAUAGCCAUCAAGUUUGGCCCCUCGUUGGGCAAAUCUUCCAGGGACACUCCUGCGCCUUAUGUCACCCCAGCAACCUUUGAAACCCCUGAAGUUCAUCCUGGUGAUUCUUCUGUGUUGAGUAAGCCCAAGUUCACAGUGAAAUCUCUAGAUGAAGGAGAAGUGGAGGAAGAAGAAAGCAAAGAUGCCUUGCCCAGUUUGGACAAAUUCUUGGCCAAACACACCAGCGAGGAUAAUGCUUCCUUCGAGCAGAUCAUGGAAGUGGCCAAAGAGAAGGAGAAAGUGAGGCAUUCUUGGCUUUAUGAAGCUGAAGAGGCAUAUGCCCAGCGGCAUCAGGAGCAGUUAGCUCUUCCAUCGCUGGAAGAGCAGCAGGCCCUGGGGAGUGGCAAAGCCGGGGUGGAGACGUGGGAAUACAAGGCAAAGAACUCCCUCAUGUAUUACCCGCCAGGAGUUCCUGACGAGGAAGAGGUGUUUAAAAAGCCACGUGAGGUCAUUCACAGAAACAGCCGCUUCUUGAAGGACCCGUUUAGUCAAGCAGUAAGCAAGACCCAGCUUCAGCAAGCAGCAGCCCUCAAUGCUCAGUACAAGCAAGGCAAAGUGGGGCCUGAUGGGAAGGAGCUAAUUCCCCAGGAAUCUCCAAAGGUAAACGGAUAUGGAUUUGUGGCCACGCCUUCCCCUGCUCCUGGUGUGAAUGACUCCCCUCUUAUGACCUGGGGUGAGAUAGAAAGCACCCCUUUGAGGUUAGAAGGGUCUGACACGCCCUAUGUGGACAGGACACCGGGACCAGCAUUCAAGAUCCUGGAACCCGGGCGCCGAGAGAGGCUAGGGCUGAAGAUGGCCAAUGAGGCAGCUGCUAAAAACAGAGCCAAGAAACAAGAAGCCUUGAGGAGAGUCACGGAGAACCUUGCCAGCCUCACUCCGAAAGGACUAAGCCCGGCCAUGUCUCCCGCCUUGCAGCGCCUAGUGAACCGGACUGCUAGCAAGUUCACCGACAAAGCCCUUCGGGCCAGUUACACCCCGUCCCCUGUGCACCUGGGAACACCCGGCUACAAGACUCCCUCCGGUGGACUGCAGACCCCCACGGUCACUCCAACCCCCAGGACGCUCUCUCAAACCCCAGUUGCGCAGGAUCCCGCCUCCAUUACGGACAAUCUGCUGCAGCUCCCCAAAAGACGUAAAGCGUCAGAUUUCUUUUGACCUUGUCCUCUUGCGGCGGGGGUGGGCAGCUCGGCAGCGCCCCGAUAUACCAGUGCCGCUGAAGGAAAGCGCCCACCGUUGACCAAAAGCAACAGGAGAAACUUGCUUGGUUUCAGGAUAAUUUCUGUCUUAUGGUGCUGGGUUGCCCUAGCCCUUUAUAGGCAGCAUGAAGUAGCGGAUGGAAAAUUAGCCUUUGAGUUGAAAACUCCCUCCUGUAAAUCUCUGAAUCAGUUGCACAGGAAAAGGAAGACAGGAGCCCAAGCUGCUUGUGCACCACUUUUGGAUGCAAUUUUUGUUUUGCAUCGGGGUGGUCUCCUCUUAAUUUAUUAAAGACAGGUUUCACCUAAAGGCCUGGCAGAAACUGGCCUUGCGAUGGCGCCCAUCAAUGUGAGAUGAAAAGCUCAGGGAGAGCUGGUUUCCAAGCGGGGCAUUGUGUUGCUGCCUUGGCAUCCCAGUGGCCUGGUGUGGUUGGCAGUGCAUCUGCCCCUGGUUAAGCUUGGCAGCCUGUCCUCGCCUUAGAGACUGACCGAAGUUAUGGUUUAUUUCUCCUGGCCUGGGAGCUGAGAAAGACUUUGCUUUAAAGAAAGUAAAAAUAUUGAUAUUCUUCCAUUCUCCUCCUCCUGGGAUCCUGAGAGGCCUGCUUAUUUGUAGAAGGAAGGCUGGCUCGGGUUUCUAAAGCUCAUAAAACAUGGGUUGGAUCAAGUCGGUCGGGUCUAACUUAAUCUUGCUUUGAGCAGCCCUACCGGGGGCCUCCUGUCUUUUGGAUCCAGUCCAGUGUAAACAAAAGGCACACGCAGAGCUGAGCAAGGUUUCUGAAAGCCUGUUAACAAAAUGUCAAAGCCAAAACGAAAAGCCAAGAAGGGGGCAGCAAAGAUAAGUGUGAACCUUCCUGAAGCUGGCACCAGUGAAAGGACGUGUUCUGUACUAAAAGCUCAUGGUGGCACGCUCGGUAAAGGACAUUACAAGCUGAAAGCCUGGCAGAUAGCACUGCCCUUUAGCAGGAGACCCAGGACUUUAGCGUUGAAUAAUUUGUUGCAGGCACAAAGUUCCUCCCCUUAAUGGCGUGCCUGUCUGGUUCAUGUGUUUGAAGGUUUUUGCGUCUGCAGCUUAAGGGUAGUGGAUUGAAAUUACUUCCUGGAUUGAAGGACUGAAAAUAAAGACCGAGGUAUAAAGGCCUUAA